AUCAUGGUGAAUUAGAUCAACUCUGGCAAUCAAUGUUUACAAAAUAUUCGAGGGAUCAUUUUUCUGCCAUAAACGUUUUAGAAACUUACAUAAGGAAAUUGUAUUUCAAAUUUAGUAAGAAAGAAAAAGAAAAUGGAAUACAUUUAAUGCACAUGGACCAUAUUGUCGAUGCUGUUGAUCAUGUAGACGAGGUU